GUGACGUUACUAGAGCGCCGCUCGCCCUGGUGGUGGAAGCUGGGGUCUGAUCCGAAGCAGGUCCCUGCCGUGCUUGCCGCCGCGCCCCUGCCCCGAGCGCCAUGGCCCAGCCGCCGCCUGAUGUCACUGAGGACGACUGUCUCCCUGAGUACCGCCACCUCUUUUGCCCCGACCUACUCCGGGACAAAGUCGCCUUCAUCACAGGUGGUGGCUCUGGGAUUGGGUUCCGGAUUGCUGAGAUUUUUAUGCGGCACGGCUGCCACACUGUCAUCGCCAGCAGAAGCCUUCCAAGAGUGUCAAUGGCUGCCAGAAAGCUGAGUGCUGCCACUGGCCAGCGGUGCCUCCCUUUAUCUAUGGAUGUCCGAGAUCCCCCAGCCAUCAUGGCUGCCGUGGACCAGGCACUGAAGGAAUUUGGGAAAAUUGACAUUCUCAUAAACUGUGCGGCUGGAAACUUUCUGUGCCCGGCUAGUGCGUUGUCCUUCAAUGCCUUCAAGGUCGUGAUGGACAUUGACACCUUGGGCACAUUCAAUGUGUCUCACGUGCUCUACAAGAAGUUCUUCCGGGACCAUGGAGGAGUAAUCGUGAACAUCACAGCAACGCUGGGUGCUCGGGGGCAGGUGCUCCAAGUGCACGCAGGCUCUGCCAAGGCGGCUGUGGAUGCAAUGACGCGGCACUUGGCUGUGGAGUGGGGUCCCCAGAACAUCCGAGUCAACAGCCUUGCCCCGGGCCCUAUCAGUGGCACAGAGGGGUUCCGGCGGCUAGGAGCUGGACAGCUGAGGAAAAGAAGGCAUUCUGAAGGAGAACCUGUUCUGCAACCCACUCUUGGAUUCCUGGGACCUACCUCUCACCCAGCUGAGAACUCCAAACCAACCACCCUGGCAGAGCAGCUGAAGCAGAGACCGACCCCUCCUCUGGGAGCUGUGCUGUGUCCACAUUUCCUUCCCAUGGCCCCAUCUCCUGUGCAUGCGCGGGAGUGACCAGGCAGUGAGGCCAGCCUGUUGACUGCCCACACCACACAGAUGUCUGCCAGGGGGUGGUCAGCAUUCCAGAGUUCCGAGGGUGGGGAUGCAGACCAGUUGCUGGGGUAUGCACCUCACCCCCUGACCUAGGGUUAGGGACUAUCCUGUCCUGCCUAGUCCCAGCCUGGGCUGGCAUCCUGCCUGUUUCCAGUGGAUGUGCCAAGGUUCAAUGCCCUCAAAGCUGUAGGUUGGCCCUCUGGCUAGGCACACACAGUUCCACCCCUCCCUGUUGGUACCACCCAUUUGUAUAAGCACAGGUCCUAGAGCUUUGCCAGAAAAUGCAUUUCCUUAAAGAAUAAUAUUUUUACUGCAAAACAUCUA